GACCUACCCCCCCCAUCCCCCCCCCCCCCCCCCCCAGAUUCCAGUCUGGUGGAAAGACACCUUGGAUAAUCAGUUUCAAGGGUGGCAAAUGUUACUGCAGGGGGGAAGUACAAGGUUGGGAACUGUAGGCCUAUGUCACAAAGCUUGCUUAUCCGUCCUCAAAGAUCAGCUUCCCUAAGACAGUUACUUUUAAUCUCAUUUUUAAAGAAUGAAUAGUUGUAGUUGGACCGGUGUUCCAGAUGGGGAACCACUUGUGCAAAGGCCCCAAAGUGUUGAAAGAACUCAAAGAUGAUGAAUAUUGGCUAGAAAUUAAGAAGUUAUAGCCAGAGAUUUCUGAGGCAACAGGAAACGGGGUUUUUGUUUUUUUGUUUUGUUUUGUUUUUGUUUUUGUUUUUGUUUUUUAUUCAUAGAGACACAGAAAGAGGCAGAGACACAGGCAGAGGGAGAAGCAGGCCCCAUGCAGAGAGCCCGUCACGGGACUGGAUCCCAGGUCUCCAGGAUCACGCCCCGGGCUGAAGGCGCCACCGGGGCUGCCCGGGAAACAGUUUUUAACAUUGGUGUGGUGUGGUCAGAAUUGCAUUUAAAGAAAAAAAAAAAAAAAAGAACCCCGCUACGCUCCACUAGGUGAAGAAUGAAAAUGCAAGGAUGCAAGGAGGUUAAGCAACCUGCCCGAGUUCUUGCAAUGAAUAAAGUAUAGAGCCUGAGCUCAAAACCAGGCAGUCUGGCUCCAGAGUUCAUGUUCGUCACUAUGGUGCAUCUGGUUGCUCAGCUACUGCUGCACUAGUCCUAACGAAGUCAUACGGAAGCGUCUCUUAAUUGAUGGAGAUGGUGCCGGAGAUGAUCGAAGAAUCAAUCUGCUAGUGAAAAGUUUCAUUAAAUGGUGCAACUCCGGGUCCCAGGAAGAGGGAUACAGCCAGUACCAACGUAUGCUGAGCACACUGUCCCAAUGUGAAUUUUCAAUGGGCAAAACUUUGCUGGUAUAUGAUAUGAAUCUCAGAGAAAUGGAAAAUUAUGAAAAAAUUUACAAAGAAAUAGCAAUGGAAUUUAACACAUUUUAAAAUUGAAAAUGGAUGAAGAUUAUACAUGUUGUUACAACUAUUUUUAAAAGAACCUUUUCGUAUAGAAUGUAGCAUUGCUGGAGCACAUGAAAAAAUUGCUGAGUGCAAAAAGCAAAUUCUUCAAGCAAAGCGAAUACGAAAAAAUCGCCAAGAAUAUGAUGCUUUAGCAAAAGUGAUCCAGCACCAUCCAGACAGGCAUGAGACAUUAAGGGAACUAGAGUCCUUGGGAAAAGAACUAGAGCAUCUUUCACAUAUUAAAGAAAGUGUUGAAGAUAAGCUGGAAUUGAGACGGAAACAGUUUCACGUUCUACUUAGUACCAUCCACGAACUUCAGCAAACACUAGAAAAUGAUGAAAAGCUCUCAGAGGUAGAAGAAGCUCAAGAAGCCAGCAUAGAAACAGAUCCUAAGCCAUAGACAAGCUAAUCGUUGACCAUUCCCAAGAAUGUGGAAGUAACAGCAUGCGCCUAGUGUGUUUAGAAUUUGUUAUGUUCUUGAGAUACUUAAAGUUUUGGCAGUAAACUACUUUCCUGUCAAAUAUUAAUGCACAGUUCAUUCAUAUUUCUUUACACAAAAGAGAAAAACUUCAGUAUAGAUUUGUUUGUAUUGGGGAAGCCCGGGUUGCUCAGCAGUUUAGUGCCACCUUCAGCCCAGGGCGUGACCCUGGAGACCCGGGAUCGAGUCCCAAGUCGGGCUCCCUGCAUGGAGCCUGCUUCUCCCCUGCCUGUGUCUCUGCCUCUCUCUCUCUCUUUCGCUCUCUGUGUGUGUGUGUGUCUCUCAUGAAUAAAUUUUUUAAAAAUUCUUUAAAAAAAAAAGAUUUGUUUGUAUUGAAAUGUCUUUUUUAUUCUUAAAAGAGGAAGCAAUACCCAGAAAUGUUUAAUAAAAUGUUUUCAAGCCAGAUAUGUUUGUGUUUGUGUUCAUUAGUAUUCUAAGUAGUUUUUAACUGGUGAGACUGGCUUGCUUAUAAAAUAAGUUAAAGAUUGUGAGAAAGUAGCAUUUCUAGGAUAUGCGUGAAAAAAAUGAGUCAAUCUGGAAAUUGUUAACCACCUUUGAAAAUGGAGUUCAUGAACAGACUUUGUGAGGGCUGUGAACUUGUGAAAUUGUAUACAAAGUGUUGGUGAUAUGUGCUUAUCUGGGGAGAGGUUUCCUGAUCCUCAUAUUCACAAUCAAUGGUGUAAGAGCUAAUCACAAGAUGCAAAAUCAAUAUACAUUGCUUUCUA